AUGUUGUUCACGCCUUCGUCGUCCCCUACCUGGGCUUUUCUCGCCAUAGCCAGCCUAUCUUCCGCUCGGAAGUGCAUCGAUCUAUCUGUCGAGGUGCCCGUUGUCUCCAGAAAUGCGAUAUUCAACCGUACGGCACCGACAGAUAAUGUCGAAGUGACCAACUUCGUCCUUGACUUGACUCGCCAAGGGCACAACCUCACGAACGAGGUUCUAACUGGCUAUGCAACCAUCGAGAAAACUUACACCGUGGCGGCUACAUACUGCGAGCCAGACGCAGGGCCGUCUAAAACUGUCCAACUACUCACUCACGGGAUUGGCUUUGACCGGACGUAUUGGGAUCUCCCUGUCUACAACUACAACUACAGCUAUGCGGCUGUAGCAAACGACGAUUAUGGCUACAGCACAUUCGCAUGGGACCGGCUCGGGAUUGCCCAGUCCGAUCACGGUGAACCCGUCAACGAAAUCCAAUCCUCGCUUGAGAUCGCGGCGUUGCACACGCUGACCCAGCAGCUGCGCAACGGCUCCAUUGAGGGCAUCGGCUGCGGCUUCAACAAAGUCGUUCACGUCGGACACUCGUUCGGCAGCAUCCAGAGCUAUUCUCUGGAAGUGCUCCACCCCGGAGCUAGCGACGGGCUCAUCCUUACAGGGUUCAGCCAGGUCGCCCAGUACAACCCAUACUUCGCCCUCGGGGGCAAUUUUGUGACGGCGAGUGGGUUGCUGCCUUUCACAAACUAUCCGGAUGGGUACCUCGCCAACGGCAGCCCUUCUGGUGUGCAGAUAGAUUUCUUCGCCCCUGGGAGCUUUGAUCCUGCGCUGUUGGAUUUGGCCGUCGCUUCAGGCAAGCCUGUAACCAUUGGAGAGCUUUUGACUCUUGCAGGUGCAACAGCAAACCCGAAUCCCUUGAAGGGUCCUGUCUUGAUUAUUACUGGAGGUGAGUCCGACAAACUGGCAGUGAAACUUAAGCUGAAGUCGAGGGAGACUGACAAGCCACAGGUCGAGAUGUCCCGUUCUGUGGUGGAGAUUGCCGUUCAACAAGCUCUUCGCUUCCGAGCCUGUUGGAGAAGAGCAGGCCCUUGUUUCCCUCAACCAGUAAAUUCGAGGCUGUGGUCGUCGGGGAGGCUGGUCAUGGACUGA